AUGGUUCAGUACGCUCCCUUUCUAUUAGGAAAAUUUUCUGAUCCGUUAUUGGCAAUUAUGGUAGGCUGUCUCAGCUACUAUGUGUACGAAAGGAAAAUGGGGCGUCCACAAGGUCAUCAUUUACACGAGCUCAUAAAGAAGCGAUGGGACGAUCGCAAAUAA